UGUUUAGUAAAUCAUUAGCAUGCGGACAGUGAGACAGAGAGUGUGAGGAGCACCAUCGGGUCGGACAGGUGGAGCAGGAACCGGUUUGUUCUGAGAAUAGACAGAGUUCCGGCCUGUUCAGCUCCAGAGUGAUUCCGCAGUGUGGCUGAUCUCAGCAGCGUACGGCAGCUCGUGUCAUCUUCCACACCUCACACACCUGACAUGACGGCUCCUGUGCCGAAACCGAGAGCCCGGUACCUGCUGAAGAGUUCACAGAGUGCUUCAUUAGAGAGCAAUAAUGCAUCACUGGAUGAACCCGAGAAGGACAAUAAAAUAUCUGAAGUCACCAGCACAGAACCCAACGGCGUCUCGCACGUCCUUUCUGCUGAUCUUCCUGAACUUCAAAAGACAAAUGGCACACAUGGAGCAGAUAUAGUGGAGAAGUUCCUGUGGCCAGCCACGCCUCCUCAAAGCCCCUCUGCGUCUGAUGAAGAGGAGGUUAAAAGUUCAGAAUCGAUGAAGGAGGGCGUGACCUCCGACUCCUCUGCUGACGAGUGCCCCAUGACGCCUCUCACCCCAAACUCAGACAUGUUCUUUCACACUGUCCCUCCUAAAGAACCUUACAACUUCACCCCGACAGAAAGCGCUCCUCCGGUGACUAAUUCUCAGUCUAAAAACAUUGUUCCAGUAAAGCCACGAGUGGUAAAAAAACGGAGUCAGCCGCUCGCCCCUAAAAAACCACGCGCUGCCACCAUCCGUGUGAGCCGGAGGAAAUCAAGAGCAGUGGGAAACGUCGUCCAGCCUGAAGAGAACUCCCAAAGAGAGAGCGCCGUCUCACGCUCCAGCUGGCUGGAUGUCUGGAAGGGUCGCAAACACAAUGUGCUGUGGACUACGUUUGACGGUCAGGUGAUGUCUCUGUGGAAGAAGCGAUCUGACAAGUUUUCCGAGUAUGUGUUCCACGUGUCGAGCAUCACCAAUGUGCGGCAGCAGGACAAAGGACGCUUCUUCAUUCAGUUCCGCAAGAAGCGCUUAGAGUUCAUGGCUCACAAUGACGAUGUGAAGACAGGAUGGGUUUCAUCGCUUCUCAUGUCCCGAGGACGAGAACCGCUAGCGCCUCCUCGACUUCACGGCCCAAUGACGAUGAAGGAACCACGUAGUAAAGUUUACAGUGCCAUCUGUGGACAUAACCUGUGGAUUUACAACAGCAAAGAGGACUUUAAUUUGGGUCUCGGGAUGACCUUUGUGUCCAUGAAUGUGGCGUCAGUGAAGCAGACUGGACGCCACAGCUUCAGCCUCAUUACACCGUAUAGAAUCUUCAACUUCUCAGUGGACUCGUCACGGGAUUUACAGACAUGGCUUGAUCAUUUGAACGCGGUCAUCCGCAGUGCCCUGUCCUGCAGUGAGGUGGCGCUGCGCUUGUGGUCCAAUCCCUGGAAUAAAGUGUGUGCAGACUGCGGCAGUCCAAACCCGGAGUGGGCCUCCAUCAACCUGCUGAUGGUGAUCUGUGAGGCCUGCGCAGGAGUUCAUCGCAUGAUGGGGACCAACAGGUCCAAAGUGCGGAGUCUGAAACUGGACAGUAAAGUGUGGACCGAGCCCCUGAUUCAGCUGUUUGUGCUUCACGGGAACAAAGCUAGCAACAGCGUGUGGGGUCACAACGUCCCGGUGGUGGAUCAGAUCCUCCCUGACGCGACAUCAGAACGACGGGUCGCUUUCGUCCAGGCCAAGUACGGCAGCGGGCUUUACCGCAAAGCGCAUCCUCUCGCCUACAGCCAGAAGCUGCUCAACCACAGGUUGUGUGAGGUGGUGUGUGGAGCCGACGUGGAGGAGACGCUCUCACUGCUGUGCUCAGGAGCGAAGGUUCUGGGUGAAGAUCAGCGCUCAGCCAUCACGCUGGCGGAGAACGCAGGACAGGCUCUACAGACCGAGCUGCUCAGACACAACGAGUUCGUGGAAACUCCAGACUUCGACCAACAGAGACAGACGAAAGAGCAGACAAAAUUAGAGGAGCUCCAUGGGAGGCUGGAUGAUGAGCGUUUCCUCUUCUCUCAAGAGACUGAGUCAGCUGCGUGUGAUGUUCUCGACCUGAGAGAGGUCAUCUCUGUGUUCAAUCAGUCCAAAGGUGAUACCCAUGAGUUUGAGAUUCUGACACUGACGGAUGUUCUUCUCUGUACUGCGGACACACAAGACAUGCUGCUCAAUCACAUGAUGCACAUUGUCAAGGUGGUGAUGCCUGGGUCCCUGUUGGAGGAGGAGCUUGAUGGGGUGAUGGGCGUGUCCCGUCUGUCUCUGCGAGAGGGGCGUAAACUUGAGCACACGGAUGUUUGGGCGAUGAUCCGACCGGGAGAAAUUCUAAUCUACUCCUUACACACAAACACACCACCGACCCCCAUCAUCCUCAACAAGUACACACACAUCAAUGUGAUCAUGUUGGAGAACACAGUGGUGGUGACCGCAGCAGAGAAGACGGUGUGUCUCCAGUUCGAGCGUGAGGAGAGCUGCAGCAAGUUUCACGCUCUGCUCCAGAGCGCCGCCUCCAGAGAGAGGAAGUCACGGCAGCACUCCCUGUACAUACUUCCUGCGGAGGUUAGGGGGCGUGUCCCUCCCGAGGUGCAGCGCUGCAUCUCUCACAUCACGCUCUACGGCCUGAGGGUGGAGGGUCUGUACCGUGCCUGUGGCUCGGUCGUUAAGGUGGCGGAGUUGGUGGAGAAGCUGCGCGAGGCUCCGGACGCCGUCACUCUGGACACAAACGAAGUUUCUGUGCUGGAAGUAGCAGGAGCGCUGAAGAACAUCCUCCGUAACUCAACACAACUCAUCACUCCGUCUGAGAGAGAGAGCUGGGCCAGAGCAGCAGCUCACCAAGAUAAAAAUAAACGACUGGAUGAAUAUCACAGACUGGUGAAACAACUUCCUCCUGACAACAUGGUCCUACUGUCCACCCUGUUCGGCCACCUUUACAAUGUGCAGGUCCACAGUAAGGUAAACAAGAUGACAGCACAUAACCUGGCGGUGGUGUUCGUCCCCAUGCUGUUUGACGAGUUGGCCAUGAAACCAGUCAUGGUACACCUGACGAAAGAGCUGAUCAUCAAUCACACACGCGUCUUCCUGGGAAGAGAUGACACUCCAGGGGAGGAUGAAAUUAUCACGGCACUGUGAAGAAGAAAUAUUGGCACCCUCUCUGCAUGGCUGUGUUAAAUUUUAUUUUAUAAACUUUUUGUGAGUGUUUGUGUUCUGUGUCAGUUUAAUACACGUGAUAAACAAAACACACGUGACACACGUUCACUGCACUCUUUUACCUCUUUAUUGCAGUGUCUAUUCUGAUCACUCGGAAUCAGACACUAAUAUUUAUGCAUCUAACACUUAAUGUACUGAAUAAAAAACUUUAUGUUCAUUAA